AUGAAGACAUUUUUGAUUGCUGCAUUUGUUGUUUUGGCUUUUGCCUCUGAAGCUCUAGCUGGCUCCCCAGACACAUGUCCAGCAUCUGUUUACAACAUGAGCAACUUGUCGCCAUGGAUAAUUGAAGAAAUCAAGGAUGAACUCGAAAAGCGAAAGGACAAACCAUUCGAAGAACUUGUUUCGCGCAUGAACGACCUUGUUGAAAAGAUCGAAAAGGAUAAGGAUGCAACUGAUAAGGAUCUUUUGAUCUUGCACGAGUUUUUGAAUGAUCCAUACUUCUCAGGCAAAGGUGAAAUUGAUGUUACCAUCAAGGCAUGGGGAUGUUACAUCCGAAUCCACAUCAAGUGGUGA